AUGGCCACGGCGAACGUGGACGCAGAAAGCGCAGGGGACGAGUGGGAUCAGGAGCUCACUGCAGAGGAGCUCGAAGCUUUGGACAGCCAUUUUUCCGGUACGUCUGCGCUCGACUUGGGAAGCGAUCUCGGGGAUGACAUCAGCGGACUCGACUCGCCGCUGCCGUCAGGGGCCAAGACGGAGCAGACGCUCGAGCCAAGGCUUUCUGCGACCCUCCAGCUCGACAGCGACGGGGCCGUGGAGCUCAAGGUGGAGCAGGAGAGCAGCGAACAGCCGUCUGGGUCCUUGCAAGAGGCGCCCGCGAGCGACGCGCGGGCGGAUACGCACGCCGAAAGAUCCCAGGAGGAAGCGUAUAUAUCUGCCACAGAGGCGCCAGCGCCCGAAACAGCGCCCGAACGGGCGAGUAGGGCCUCGAAAUCUGCCCGGGAGUCAACAGAGCGGCCUGCGACGGAGCCCGACCAGCUGGACGUGUCCUUCCGGACCCUUCAAGACGUCCCUGCCCUCGUGUCGCAGGCCCUGGCGCAGAAGGACGCGGCCGGCGCGCCGCCCACCGCAUCGCAACCGCCAGUGCCGCAACACGCAGAGGGCGCUGCUGCGGGCGAGCCGGACUUGGACGGACCCGCUCCCGAACCGCACUACGACACGCGCAGUGCGGCGGAGAUUUUCGGCGACGACGGCGGCGACGACUGGCUCGGAGUCGGCGUGGCUGCAACAGGCGUCGAUGCGGAGCAGGAGGUGACGACGCCGAGCCCUGGGUGGGACGGUUGGCAGCAGGACGGUCAGGCCGGGGAGCAACAGGGCUGGUGGGGCGCGCAAGGUGCCGCGGAAGGGCAGCAGGGGGCUGCUGACGGCAGCGCUUGGUUCGACUCGGUUGCUGACGCAGGCGCGUCAGGGGGGGGUCAAAGCGCGUGGUACGACCAGAGCGGCGCGCAGGUGGACGGCACGGACGCGGGCGCGGCCUGGUACAACAGUGCCACUGAGCAAGCUGCGCAGGGAGGCCAGGAGCAAGCGGCGUGGUACGGGGGGAGUGAACAGGGUGCGGGGGGGGCUGCGGCGGAGCAGUCCGGCUGGUACGCGUCCGAGACGGAGGCGGCGGGCCAGGGUGCGGAGGCCUCGCCGGACGCGUGGUACGGGAGCGGCACGGAGGCGGACCAGGCGGCGUGGUACAACGCAAGUGGGGGGGGAGUCGGCGCUGACGCGGGGGCUGCUGGCUGGUUCGGCGGCGCGGAGGCCGGCGCGGAGCCGUCACAGGGCGGCUGGUACGAUCCGAGCGGGCAGGGGGGCGCGUCGAAUGUCUCGGGCGGGCAGGAGGGCGUCCCGGGUUGGGGCGCUGGUGGUGGGGACGGGGCGGCAGACGCAGGGGCCGCCAAGGCGGACGACGCGGCGUUUUUCGACAGCAUGGCUGCCGGCGACGGGCAAGCCGCGUACGCCGAGCAGCACGACGGCGCGGGGUGGAGCACCAACGGCGACCUCGCGCAGGUGCAGGACGCCGGAGGACGCGGGGUGGCCGGGGGCGACGCUUCGGGGUGGUAUAACGCGGGGGAUGCGUCGUACAACGGCGUCGGAGAAGGUUCGGGGCAGCAGGGCGACGCGCAGAGUGCGUGGUACGGCGAGCAAGCGGCACCGGAUGCAGGCGCCGCGUCAGGGGCGGGCGACGCGAGCGCGUGGUACGGCGCCGGCACCGCGGGGCCGGACCAGGGCGCAGAUGCGCAGGCAUAUGAGGCGUACAGCAGCGGCGGGCAGGCGGGCGACGCGCAUGCGUCCUGGGGGGGGGAGUGUCCCCAGGGAGCGCACGCCGAGCAGCCGUCCGGGGGGGUCCUGGACUCCAGAUCCGCGUCGCAGGGCUCGGGCUGGUUCGCGAACCAGGCGCAGCACGGCGCACCGGCGCCCCCUGGGUCAGGCCCGACCUCGAACCACUCAUGGUAUGCGCAGAACCCAACACACCCCCCCCCGGGGCCCGCACUGCACCAAGCGUCGGGCCCGCCGUCCAACAGCUCCGGCUGGCACGCCCAGCAGCAGCCGCAGCAGCAGCAGCCGCAGAUGAUGGUCCCGCAGUCGGGCGUGCACAGCUUUGCACAGGCUGGCAUGACACCGUCGUGGUACGGCGCGCCGGGCGGCGAGACGUGGGACGGAAGUCAGCAGCAGGGCUACGGAGGUGCGCAGCCGGCCGCGCAGCUCGACGAGCACGCGCUGCGUGCGUGCCCGCGCUCGUUCGAUGAGGCAGCGGCGACGCCCAACGGACGGCCGCCGAUGCCCCUGGCGGCGUUCGGGUUCGGCGGGAUGCUGGCGUGCAUCUCGCCGAACUCAAGCCAGCAGUCCUCGCUGGAAACGUCGUACAGCGCCGGGCUGCGGCCGGGCCCGCUCGCCGUGACGACACUGCCCCGCGUGCUUGCUGCCGGCGGCAGUGGCGCGGGCGAGGCGGGGCACGCGACCCCCGAGGCAGCGGCUGCCGGGACCCUGACUCUACACGCCCUCACGGGCCACACCGUCACGCUCGCGGAGGCCCUGGAUCCCUCGGGACUGCCCCCGGGGGCGUCAGCACUCCCCCCGGGCCCCAUCAGCGACGCUCCGCGCGCCACGGUCGCGCAGUUCGCCGGCGCGAUGGCCGUGACCUGCCUCGACGGAUCCUGUGCGGAAUCCCACGCCCUCGGCGCCGCAGAGGACCGCUGGCGUCUCUGGCGUCUCCUGGAGGCCCUGUGCAAGACCUCAACAAGUGGGCGGGGCAGUGCGUGGGGCAAGCGCGAGCCUGCAACCUCCCGCGAGGUCGCGCUCGCGCUCUGCGGCACCCCGACGACCGCGGCGCAGACCGACCCCGCGGGGUCGCGGCCGCAGCUGGCGCUGAACUGUCCUGCGCCGCUCACCUGCGCGUCUGACGACGAACCGACAGCCGAGGCGAAGGCGGCCGCGGCGGCGCGCGUACAGGAGCUGGCAAUCGAGGGCCUCGCGGACGAGGCGCUCGCGGAGGCCUUGCGCGGCGGGCUGUGGGAGAUUGCGCUCGUGUUGGCCGCACGCACGUCGCCUGAGAGGUUCGAGGACGCUGCGGCGGCCGUGGCGGCGCGGCUGGCGCCCGGUGCGCCGCUGCGCGCGCUGCUCGCGAUGCUGGCGAAUCGGCCGGAGGUGAUGCGCGACGGCGGCGCGGGGCGGAAGCUGCAGGCGAAGUUUGCACGGGCGAGCGCCGCGACCGCAGGGCCGUCGCAGCACGUGCCCAAGGCUCCGGGGAGCACGGGGAGCGCGGGCAGCAAGGUCCUGUCGCGGAUCGCGAGCUUCGCGCGGCCCAGCGCGGGCGAGACCCCCGCGAUGCCGCACCCUGCCGACGAUCCGGCGGUGGCGGCCGCUGCUGGGGACACCCCCCCCCUCCCGGAGCUGUGCGCGUCGUGGCGGGAGAACCUCGCGGUCCUGGCUUCGAACGGCACACUGCCCGGUGCGGCGGAGCAGAUGUCGCGCCUCGGCGAUCGCGUCCUCGCCGAGCGCGGGGACCUACUGGCGGCACACACUUGCCUGCUGCUUGCCGGGUGCCCGCCCGAGCCGCAGAGCCCGGGGGCGCGCGUGAUGCUCCUGGGCGCGGACCACCGCGUCGCCGGCGGCCCGGACGCGCUCCCGGCGAUGCACUGGUGGACCGUCCAGGCGAUCCGUCGCACGGAGGUCUUUGAACGCUGUUUGGCGUCGCCGGGGCCACAAACAGCGCUCCCGGCGCUGCUGCCGUUCAAGGUCGUGCGCGCGAUGCAGCUCGUGGAGAUCGGCGCGCUGCAGCCGGCGUUUGCGUACCUUGCGGCGGUGGAGGCCGCCUUCCGAGCCAUGGGCCAAGGCCCCCCCGCGCCACACUUGCGGGUGAGCUGGAGCCUGGGUCUGGAGAGCGUGGAGCGGCUGCGCGUGCACAUGGAGGCGUUCGGGGUGCCGACGGCGCAGCAGGGCGCCGCGUCGCGCGCGCUGACCGGGAUCGGGCGGUGGCUCGACCGGGGGAUCUCGCGCCUGAUGCGGUCAGGGGGGGGUGUCCCGGACGCCGUCGCGGUGGCGUCGCCCGCGGGGAAGCCGCCGAUGCCGUCCCGGCCGUCCGGGAGCGAGCGGUUCGGCCCGGCGACGAGCGGCGGUGCGGCUGGGCACGACGCGUCACAAGACGAGUUUGGCAUAUCUGGCGGCGGCAUGCAUCGCAGGACACAGAGCGAUCUGCAGGGCACGGCGCCGCCGGACAAGGCGGGCGGUGCGUCGAAUGGCGACAGCAGCCGCGCGGAGCCUCCGGCGCGCAACACAGCGUCCGGCGACGCAGCAGCAGCGGCGCGGAAGAAGUCGUCUCCGCUCGGGCUCGGCAACAUCGUCGGGGCCGUCGGGCGCGGGCUCUCGGGCAUGCUCGCGCGCGGCGGCGACAAGCAGGUCAAGCUCGGCGAGGAGUCCAAGUUCUUCUACGACGAAAAGCUCGGCAUCUGGCGCGUCGAGGGCGAGGAGGGACCCCCGGGCGCCGGACCGCCGGCGCCGGGGUCGGCCGGGAAGCCCCCGACGCGCGGGGGGGUGCGGCGGAACAAGUACGUCGAGGUGGGGGGGUUCAACAAGGGCGGGGGGGGGUCGGCGGGCGCGGGGUCGUUCCUGAGCGGUCUUGCGCCGCCGACCGCGGCCUUCGGCGCGGCUGCGGGCGGCGCGGCGGCGGCGAGGCCUGGCGGGUUCAUGGUUCCAGGUGGCGCGGGAGGGGGGGGGCAGGCAGGGAUGAUGAUGAUGCCUGGGGCGGGCGGGCAGCAGGGGGGGGACGGCGGAGGUGGCGGGGCGUCGGUGGCUGGCGGCGGGGCGGGCGGUGACGGGGGCGGGGCGUCGUGA